UAGUAAUCGUGUGCACACUUGGAAUACCAAAGGGAUCUGCAAACUUAUCAUAAUCAUCAAACAAACAUAUGCUAUCAAGAUUUCCCAUUUCAACCCAAUUUCUUCUUGAUCUCUGAUUCAUUCAUUCAAGAGAGAGAGAGAAAGAAAAAGAAGAAGAAGAGAAUCUUGAAAGACCAUUUUAUCCUUUUGAGUCUUUGACUCAACUGGGUCCAUGAAUCUGCAAGUGCUCUUGUAAUUUGAAGCAAAAGGUUUUCUUAAUGUUUAAUGGAGACAAAAAGCAGAGUUUCAAGUGCCUGAGAAGCUGGAUUGAUUAUUAAUAAAUAUUCAUCUAAUAAUAUAAAUAAACAAUUCAAAGAUUUCAAUUUUAAUUUAUUUUUAAAUCAUGGGCUGCGAAUUUUCUAAAAUGUGUUCAUGUUGCGAUACCAUAGAAGAUGGAGUUGUAGCUCAACCUGGUAAUGUUGAAAAUGAUAUGGGGGAGACAAGUGAUCUGCCUUCAUUUCGUGAAUUUUCUGUUGAACAACUUAGGAAUGCUACAUCUGGAUUCUCUGUUGAAAACAUUGUUUCUGAACAUGGUGAGAAAGCCCCUAAUGUGGUGUAUAAAGGGAAGUUGGCAAAUCAGAGGCGAAUUGCUGUCAAACGCUUUAAUCGAUCCGCGUGGCCUGACUCCAGGCAGUUUUUGGAAGAAGCAAGAACAGUUGGACAACUUCGAAGCCCUAGAUUGGCCAAUUUACUUGGUUGUUGUUGUGAAGGUGAUGAAAGAUUACUUGUUGCUGAAUUUAUGCCACAUGAAACACUUGCAAAACACCUUUUUCAUUGGGAAACACAACCUAUGAAAUGGGCAAUGAGGUUACGGGUGGCGUUAUAUCUUGCAGAAGCUUUAGAUUAUUGUACAAGCAAAGGGCGUGCUCUUUACCAUGAUCUUAACGCCUAUAGAAUAGUCUUUGACGAUGAUGCAAAUCCAAGACUUUCUUGCUUUGGGUUGAUGAAGAAUAGUAGGGAUGGAAAGAGCUAUAGUACAAAUUUGGCAUUUACACCUCCCGAGUAUCUGAGAACGGGGAGGGUAACACCGGAAAGUGUAAUGUAUAGUUUCGGUACCCUUUUGCUUGACCUUCUAAGUGGGAAACACAUUCCACCUAGCCAUGCUCUUGAUCUUAUAAGAGAUAGAAAUCUCCAAAUGCUUACCGACUCUUGCUUGGAAGGUCAGUUUUCUAAUGAUGAUGGAACCGAAUUAGUACGGUUGGCUUCAAGGUGUUUGCAGUAUGAGCCACGUGAGCGCCCAAAUCCAAGGUCAUUGGUUUCUUCUUUGGUUCCUCUACAAAAGGAAACUCAGGAACCAUCUCAUGUAUUGAUGGGCAUGCCACAAGGUGGCUCUGCUAUGCCACUAACACCACUUGGGGAAGCUUGCUUAAGAAUGGAUCUAACAUUCAUACAUGGAGUCUUGGAAAAAUUAGGUUACAAAGAUGACGAGGGUGCUGCAACUGAGCUUUCGUUUGGGAUGUGGACUAAUCAAAUACAUGACACAUUGAACUCUAAGAAGAAAGGGGACUCUGCUUUUCGUCAUAAAGAGUUUAAAGCUGCAAUAGACUUUUAUACACAGUUUAUUGAGGUGGGGACCAUGGUAUCGCCAACUGUAUUUGCAAGAAGAAGUUUGUCAUAUCUGAUGAGUGAAAUGGCACAAGAAGCCUUAAAUGAUGCAGUUCAAGCCCAAGUUAUAUCCCCAAUUUGGCAUAUAGCAUCCUAUUUACAAGCUGCUGCUUUAUUUGCAUUGGGGAGGGAAAAUGAAGCACAGAUUGCACUAAGAGAAGGGUCGGUUCUUGAAGAGAAAUAUAACGCCAACUGAGAAGGGUAUUUUGGUCAUUUCAUUUCCUCCCCCUUGAUGAUGGUAUACGGAAGGGGAAACACCCAAGUCAAGUGUUUGAUUUGAUGAUAUAAUGGUGGAAAAGAAAAAGGGUUUGAGAUUUGUUUGUUUGUUGUUGUGGAAGCAUUCUUUUGGAAUACUUUUUGGUGAAAUUGGUUGGUUGAAUUAAUGAAUUUUUUGUUGUUUUGGUUUUAUUACUUAGGGGUGGUGUAAUGUAAUGACAUGUUUACCCUUUGGUUUGGAAGGGUGGUAUUGGUAAUGACUUUUUUGUCUUCUUGUUAAUACGAAAUCUUUGGUGGA